CCUUCCUCCUCGGGCCUCUCCUCGCGGCUUCUUCCUGCCUUCUCCUUUCAUCUCUAUCUCCAAGGAAGAUCUUUAUACCCCAAUCCCCUGAAAGGAAUAAUACCAACCGUCUUGUGAUACCCCAACCCGCCUCCUACCCAUUUCCUUCCGCCUCUCCCAAUCGACCUUCCUUCACCUCUCAAUACCCCGGAUACCCUCGAUACCAAUCUCUGCCCUUUACGCAAGAGUCGUUUUACCUGCUCCCAGCUUUAUACCCUCUUCACGACUCGCUUAAUCACAUAUACCCGCCAUCAUGUCCGUCAACGUCAACAAACCCACCGACAAUGCCGUAAAGGAGGCCGACAUCAACCGCAAGCUCCAGCUCUAUGGAAUUGCCAUGGCAUUCCAGAAGGGCAAGGUCCCAUCAAACGACCAAAUCGACAUCGCCCUCAGCAGCUUCCUGGCCUCCAAGGCCCUCUCAAACCCCCCCGAGAAGCUCUCCGACGACGGCAAGACCCUUGUUCAGGAUACUCGGGACGUCAUCCAACAGGCCAAACACCUUCUCCUGUCAAAGAACGACGGCAACCUGAUCCAGGACUUCGUCUGGCAGACGACCCAAUUUGAUCCCAAGAGCGUCAAGGCCCCCGGUGCUCCUGUCACUAAGGAAGCCGCCAAGAAGGAUGGCGAGGAUGCCCUCCAGGGCUUGAGAACUCUCGGUACCCUGCUCAUUACCAACGGCCAGUUCCGAAAACUCCUCCAAGACUGCACCGUCCUCCUACGAGACAUUGCCGGCGAUGCUGCCACCAGCGUUGCCUCCAAGGUGCGCCCUACUGAGGAUCAGCUCGCCGAGAUGGACAAAGCCGCCCAGGACAACACAUGGCAUGAGAAGCCCAAAUUCUCCAAGGCGGACCUGAAGAAGCGGGCUCAGGGAGUCUAUGGCGGAGCCAAGAAGGAUGCAAAGGAUGUUGCUGCCGCUGGUGCUGAGGCUAACGACCAGGUCGAUACUAUGGCCGGAAGAGAUGCCGCUCUCAACACGGCCAAGCAGAAGCUUGAUGGCAAGAUCGACGAAAAGACCAAGCAGAAUAUCCUUCAGCGCAAUGAGGAGUAUCGCCGCCGCGCCGGCGAAUACUUUAACAAGAAGAUGCCCAAGGAGCGCAAGGACCAGACCAUCUUCCGUCUCAAGAAAAUGAUCCUCGAGUGCCAGCAGCAUGAGGACUACUCUCAGGCUAUCCACACCCUGCUGGAUCUUGCUGAGAGCUACGGCAAGCAUGGCCAGACCCUCGGUAAGGGAGGUGCCGGCUCUGCCAAGGAGGCGCGAUCUGGAUUUGCGGCGGCUGAGGCCGACCUGCGCACCCUCAUCGAGCGCUUCGCCAACGGCACUUCGACCUCUGACCUGUGGGAGUCGAUCAACCAGAUCUACAAGGACGCUGAGAAGGAUCAGGAGCUUCGCGACUGGUUCAAGGCUAUGAACACUUACAUCAGACGCUGUCUCCUUGAGCAGGGCUUCAUUCUCGACGACCUGUCCACCCAGCAGUGGAAUCAGCUCUACGAGCGAGGACGCUACCUGCUCCGCGAGAAGUAUCGCGCCCAAACCGACCGCAUCCUUGACGAGGUCAAGUUCGUCGCCGACCAGUUCGACAAGGACGCCCAGAACAAAGCCUUUGCUCAGUCUCUCGCAAAGUUGUUCAAGGACCUUGGCAACGAUGUCGACGGCAAGCCCGUGUUCAAGCCUCAUCUCAUCAAGGACUUGACCGAAGUCAUCCUGCCUUCCGUCUUGAGGAACAUUGCCUACAUCCCCAUCCCCCGCAUUGAGUUCUCGGAUCCCAAGUUCGAUGCCAUCAUUGAGAACUUGGUCCUCGAGAGCGAUAACUUCAUGCCUAAUGUUCUCGAGAUUGCUAGUGAGAACUACUUCCGCUGGGGACGCAAGAAGAUUGCCAACAAGCACCACCAAACCUUCGAGGUCAAGGUUGCCGGCAUCCAGAUGGACCUGCGCGAUGUCAGCUUCCACAUCAAGCGCAAGCAGGGCUUCCCUUCCAUCACCGACACUGGUGUCGUUGAUAUCCUCCUGCCAGGCGACGGUUUCUCCUUCAAGAUGAAGGUGUGCACAGCCCAUAAGAAGGAUCGCGAGAACUACUUCAAGGUUGAGAAGGUCGACGUGGACGUCAAGGGCCUCAACUUCAAGGUUAAGCAGUCCAGCCACAAGUUGCUCUUUGCCCUGGUCAAGCCCCUUGCCCUCAAGUUCAUGCGCAAGCCGUUGCAGAUGGCCGUGGAGAAGGCCAUCAAGGAGCAGUGCAACACCCUCGACGCCAAGUUCUUUAAGAUCAAGCAGGAGGUCGACCGCGCUACCGUCGAGGCCAAGAACGACCCCAAGAACGCCCCCAACAUCUACAAGCGUUACUACGAGGCUGCCCAGAAGGAGUUCAGCAAGAAGAAGGCCGAGGCUGGGGCGGCUGUCGCUGACAAGAAGGUCAACGUUGCCUUUGUCAAGGAGGACAGCAUCUUCCCCGCCAUCAACCUCCCUGGCGGCAUCAGCACCAAGGCCUCCGAGUACAAGGAGCUGGCCACCAAGGGCGAGAAGUGGGAGAGCCCUGUCUUCUCCAUCGGCUCGGCUAGCAAGAGUUCGGACAUUCCUCCUGCACCCAAGAUUCAGCGUAAGAGCCAUGCCGUAACCAACGGAGGUACUCACACUCCCGGCAAUGGCAUCGUCAACGGAAGCGGCGCCUUUAAUGGCAAGCCUGUGAAUGACUACAGCACAAUCCUCCCCACCAACGGCCGCAAGGUCAACGACGGACCUCUACUCCCUAGUCAGACUGUCUAGGGGAUUUGGUGACGACCUUUUGGGGAGGUAAUGGUAUGAAGAUGGUGGAGGACGAGACGAUUAAACGUAUACCCUUUGCGACACACGCAUGACUUUGCCUGUUACUAUGUACUUGGUUUGUUUUUGAUACCACGUUGGAAGUAAUGAUGAAUGGGUUAAAGGGCUUCGGGUUUGGUUAGGAAACCAAAGCCCGGUGUGAAAUUGUUAUCUUUCCUUUGUUCACGAUUAUAAAUGGAACGUUGAUAGGUUCAAAUUGAUGCUUGCACUAAAAA